AAAUAUCCCUAGAAUGGUAUUGGUAUUAGUAAAUGAAACCAAAGUUCGCCAAAGUCCGGCAGAGUUCACUUUUUAAUGGAUGUGCCCAUAUGAAUUACUCCCUUUUAUAAUCUUAGAUUUGCAGCUUUUCUUCUCCCUUUAAAAAAUUCAAUUUGUCAAUGCUUCGUUCAGAAAAAGAUAAAAUUAUCCUUCUGUUUGACAAAGAUGGAUGGAAUGCUUAAGCAUUCGGACUAGCGCUAGUGCUUUCCAUCUUUAAACCAUCAUUAAUGUCGAAUUUGUCGACUUCCCAUGCAUUGAAUCUUUGGUUCGAUCUAUCCGGUGGCGGUAUUCCAUCCUCCGUCAGCAUUUCGCUUCCAAACAAAUCCAGAACACGUACGCAUGAAUAAACAAUCAGCAUCCUUACCAUCAGAGGAGUGAAAAAUGAAAAUAGAAGGAAAAAGCUACAGUUGAUUUGAAGUUUGAGAGACGUGCAUCCACAGAGAACCCAAAAUGAUCAUUACAGUUUACGAUCCCCAAAUGGUUUGUGGAAUUAUGGGUUCUAAAUUUCAAAUUUGAAGCUUUUGCUCUGUCUGUCUGUCUUGUCUGUCAGUCUCCUGACUUAAUCACUAACUUCCUUUUUAUUCAAACAAAUCCUGUCAGGUGGUAACUGUAUGGCAGUGAGAACGAGAAGCAGAGGCUCAAAUCUGAAGUAGUCUUUUCGGCAGCCAGGAAGCUGUACUGGGAAAGUGCUGAAUGAGAUGCAACCAGCUGUUGGCCACAUUGGGGAAAGAAAGGCAUGAGGAGGAGUGUUAUAUCCUCCCGCAAUUCAGGCACAUUCCCAAGAAGCCCAGGAACCUCAAAUUCCUGGGAGAGCAGCGUGGUGAAAGGUUGGAGCUCGGAACGCGUGCCGCCGCCGACAACCUGCAGCUGUGGCCACAUGGGUGCUUCUGUUUUGAUGACACUAAACAGUGGAAAGACCUUGCCUUCCAAAUGGGAAGAUGCAGAGAGGUGGAUUACUAGUCCUGGGUUGGUUUCAGAGAAUGGCACAAGCAGGGCUUCACUUGUGCAGCCUCAGAGGAGGCCCAAGUCCAAGAGCGGUCCUCUCAGCCAUCCGGGGACUGCGGGCUAUUCCAUUUAUUCACCUGCUGUGCCUUUGCUUGAAUGUGGGAGUGUAAAGAGUUUCACGGUGGGCUCUCCAUUUUCAACCGGAGUUAUGUUUGCUGAUAGUCCAUCCAUCCACUAUGGAACCCGCGGGGAGUCUCAUCCCCCGCGCUCUGAGCACAGCAUAGCUCGCUCGGCUAGCUUACCCGGAUGGGCGGAUGCAUUGGGCAAGUCCUCAUUGCCAAGCUCUCAAGAGGAUAAACUUGACAGCACAAAUGACGAAACCAUGGUUUCUGGAGCAGUUUCACGUCGGGAUAUGGCAACCCAGAUGAGCCCCAUUAGUAGCACUACCUCAUCUCCCACCCCUGGAGAGGGGUCCCAAAUUUCUACAUCACGCUCCUCAUUCCUCCCAGUUUCAGAGCCACCAAGUGACCUUUCUGCUAAAUUGGUAGUCAGGGAUGUGCAGGUGGACAGAGGAGCCACGGUGACGCUGACAAGGUGGUCCAAAAAACAUGGAUCUAGAACAUCUAAGAAAAGCACUCCAAAUGUUGAGGACUUGUACAGAAAAGCAUCAGAAGCUCAAACUGAGCCUUGGGUUAUUGCAGAGGCAGCAAAGAACAUUUCAAACUAUCAAAGAGAGGAAGCCAGAAUCACAGCAUGGGAGACCUUGCAGAAAGCAAAAGCUGAGGCAGCAAUACAGAAGCUCGAGAUGAAACUGGAAAAGAAGAGAUCAUCAUCGAUGGAUAAAAUCGUGACCAAGCUGAGAACGGCUCAGAUUAAAGCUCAAGGAAUGAGAAGCUCAAUUUCAGAAGCUCAGGUCCAUGAAGUUCCCAAGACUCUCCACAAGGUUGCGUCAUAUAUUAAGAAUGUCCGGAAGGGUUCCCUGGGGGGCUGCUUCAACAGUCGUGCAUUAUGAGUUUCGCACCAAUCUUAGUGAUUUGUUCUCUAGAGCAAUCCCAUGGGAGGAUUGAAUUCAAACUUCUUGAAUUCCAGGUGCAAUCCCCUCCAAAAAUGGCAAAAGAGGCAGAGGUGGAUUUCUUUAUAGCAGCAAUUUGUUCUACUGGGUUGCUGCUAGGCCAGCCAGAUGGUCUGCAAGUCCAUCACUUUCGGAGGCUUCAUUUUUAGCUAUAAACAUGCAUUCAUAUGAUGGAAAGUUCUUCAUGGUUAUGCUUAAACAUUUCGCAUAUUAUUAGAACCUUCUUCUUUCAUUAUAGUUUUCACUACUUAUACUAUUCUUGUUUUUGAUUUUUUAUUGCAUCCUUUGAUUAGCUGGUUGCUAGUAAUGUUAUCCAAUUACCUAUGGAAAAAACUGUUACCCAAUACAGUGCAUAAACAGAGUUGUAAAUACAAUCCUUGGGCAAUUUUCUUC